GAGCGAGAGGGAGAGAGAGGGUGGAUAGCGCGCGCGGUGGUGAUAACACUAUCUAUCUAUCCAAAUGACGAGCGUUGCUUUCACGCGCUCCACUCAUCACGCGCGUCCGUGAAGUGGUGUUUUAUUUCUCACUUUUCUAUUUUUUUUCCCCGCGUCACACAUUUAUUUGGUCUCUUGAAAGAUUGAGAGAACUAUCGUAGAGCUUUUAGGGCCGAUAGGACAUGCUUUUAAGCCACGGAAAUCUCGAUGUUUUAUCUUGCGUUUUUGUCUGCGCUCGGUUUCAUGAUGACAAUGUAGAGAAAGUGCGCCGUGACCGCGAGCGCAGCGCACGAGCGAUGUUGACGCCGUCACCCUGCCGCCUGGUUCCCACAGCUACUUGACUUUUUUUUCCAGUGGAGUAUAUUUUAGAUGAACUUGUGAAUGUAAAAGAAGACGGCUGUUGAGACGCAAGUGAACCGUCCAGCUGCCCACGCUGCCGCUGGGUCGCUCUGCACGUCUGUGCGCACUUCUGAGGAGAAACAGCGAGCAACUAAAAAAGGGGACAAGACGCGUCCUUGUUUUUCGUGAAUGUUUUGCACAGUCCACGUUUGGAGAGCUCUGUAAAGACGUGGAGCUAUUUCAAGCUGUCUGCUUCUCGGGAUUUAUAACAUUAGAAUGCUAACGUUUGGAGUAAGGUGUCUAACUUAAGGUGACCAUCACGCUCGAGCGUCGACGUUUGUUGGAACGCAUAAAUGGACGAAUAUCAGGAAGACUGAUUCAGAAUUGUUGUCUGGAAAAAUGUGGCUGAAUCGGUGUGUCACACGCAGUUCUUUGGUUGCUUGGAGACCUGGAGGAAUUCUGGGAUGUAGAAUGUGGAUCCUCUUCAUCCUUGUCCAUCUCACAAUGGAUCUGUCUCUGUGUGCACCACCAGGCCAGGGGCUCACCCUCAAACUACUGCCCAGAUCAGUGCCCCGCCAGCAGCUGCAUCCUUUGUCCACUCUGACUGGCCAGCACUUGAGGACUCUGGGGGUCUUGCAUCGUGUUCUUCCCCCUCCCCUGCCAUCAGUAGGCAACCACGGGGAGCAGGGAGGCAACAAACUGUUAGGGCGGAAAAGCCGCCGGUCAAUUCAGAAACGGCAACUUUGUACGAAGUGCGAAUUGACCCCCUCCGACAAAGGGAAGUCGGUAACUUUAGCAGAGGGGAGUAAAUCUGAUGUAAAUCAGCAUUUAUCUCGCUCACGGAGGCAGCUGAAAGGGGACAGCUAUGACUCCCUGGAGGGGAGGACCACCACAGUGGCGGGAUUUAUUGACUGGGGUCCUACAGGGGCUGACGAGGGGAUUGAGGAGGAGGCAAAGGUGACCCCGAAUGCCACCGUUACCUCUUUAGCUCCCUCCACCACCACAGUUACCAUAACUAGCACUACCACACGCAGCCCCCAAAGGACGUAUGCGGUAAUUACAACCGCGCAUCCUAAGAGGCACAGCACCACACAGCCAAGCAACUCCAGAGUGACUGCCAAACCACCGAAACCUUUUGGGGACACACCAGGUCUGGCUGUUCACCAGAUCAUCACCAUCACUGUGUCCCUCAUUAUGAUCGUCGCAGCCUUGAUCACUACUCUAGUCCUUAAAAACUGUUGUGCACAGUCCGGGAAUGGCCGACACAGCAGCCAUCAGAGAAAGAUCAACCAGCAGGAGGAAAGCUGUCAGAAUCUGACCGACUUCACGCCGGCCCGCGUGUCCAGUAAAGUGGACAUCUUCACCGCAUACAACGACAGUUUACAGUGCUCGCACGAGUGUGUGCGGGCCGGCAUACCUGUGUACACGGACGAGAUGAUCCAGCACACUCCAAUCUACAAGACCUCCUACAACGGAAACAGACCGUCGCCCACUGAAAGGCAGCUAAUCCCUGUGGCCUUUGUGUCCGAGAAAUGGUUCGAGAUCUCCUGUUGAGGCCCUUUUACUACCUUUGGGUUGAGCCCACGUCUUCAAUUUGUGCCCUGGAUCUCAUUGGAAAACCUGUGAAUCAAACACAAAAGACUUAAAGAGAACACACACAUACACGCACACACACAAUAAAGCAAAGCAAAACCACAAGAACAACAACGACAAGCAAUUACAGCGACGGGAAGCGAGACGAACAGGCAGUUUUGUACAAAUGUGGGAUCACACUAGAAGUGGACUGAAGAUGUUUAUUUUUCUAGACUGAUGCAGUGCUAUGGAUACCACUCCCAAAUUAUUUUCCAUAGACAUGUGCUCAUUUUAGAGAUACUAUACCUAGAGCUGAUAUAUUCUAUACGUGUAUUACUGCACAUGUGGGUGUGCUGGAGCGGAGACGAUCUCUGACACGAUACGUCUGCUUGUGUGGAGAAAAGACUCUCCUGAACUUUGUGCCAAUAAUGCCAUUAUGUGCCACUACAUAUAUAGAUGGGACGCGUUCAGUUUUGUGGAAAAUUACAGACACAACAUCGAGUAAUUUCAGUGACUGUCUCCCAAUAUCAAUCCGUCAUCCGUUUUUGUACAAAAAGUAUGAAUAUGUAUUUGAAAUAUGUUUUGAAAUAGCUGAGGAAAUGUGUUACAAAUGUCCAAAAAUAUUUAUAUGGAGCACUAUUCAUUUAGAUGAUGCAGAAAAAGAGGAAAG